UCCCUCCCUGCUUUCUAACAUUAAAGAGAAAAUGCUGCUCUCUGUUCCUUCCAGGCCUGGGAUUACGACUUUUGGCUAUAACAAGAGCAACAAGAAGCCUUAUGUGUCCGUGGCUCAGCAGAUGGCACCACCUAGUCCGAGCAACAACACCACCAGUGGCAGCGGUGGGGGUGGUGGAGGUGACCAGCUGAGCAAAACCAAUCUCUACAUCCGAGGGCUGCAACCAGGCACCACAGACCAGGACCUAGUCAAGCUCUGUCAGCCAUAUGGCAAAAUUGUUUCAACUAAGGCCAUAUUGGACAAGACCACAAACAAAUGCAAAGGCUAUGGCUUUGUAGACUUCGACAGUCCUUCAGCUGCACAGAAAGCUGUAACUGCGCUUAAGGCCAGUGGGGUGCAGGCACAGAUGGCGAAGCAACAGGAGCAGGACCCUACAAAUUUAUAUAUCUCAAACCUCCCAGUGACUAUGGAUGAACAGGAGUUGGAGGGGAUGCUGAAGCCUUUUGGGCAAGUCAUUUCUACCCGAAUUCUUCGAGACACAAGUGGGACCAGUCGAGGGGUUGGCUUUGCCAGGAUGGAGUCCACAGAGAAGUGUGAAGCCAUCAUCACCCACUUUAAUGGCAAAUACAUUAAGACACCCCCUGGAGUGCCAGCCCCAUCUGAUCCUUUGCUUUGCAAAUUUGCUGAUGGUGGGCAAAAGAAACGCCAGAACCAGGGGAAAUACAUGCAGAACGGCCGCUCCUGGCCACGAGAUGGUGAUAUGGGUGGCAUGGCAUUGACCUAUGAUCCUGCCACAGCUCUACAAAAUGGAUUUUAUACAGCAUCACCUUACAGCAUCAACCCUAACAGGAUGAUUGCCCAGACAACACUAUCUCCCUAUCUCCCAUCUCCUGUGUCUUCAUAUCAGGUUCACAGCCCGUCUUGGAUGCACCACCAGUCAUACCUCAUGCCGCCAGCAGGGACAGUCCUGCCCCCAGGGAUGGACCACACCAUUUCCAUCCAGCCUGCCUCAAUGAUGGGACCUCUCACCCAGCAGCUGGGCCACCUUUCCCUCAGCAGCACGGGCACGUAUAUGCCCACUGCUGCAGCUAUGCAAGGAGCUUAUAUCCCCCAGUACACACCUGUGCCUUCUUCCAGUGUUCCAGUAGAGGAAAGCAGUGGCCAGCAAAGUCAAGUAGCAGUGGACACUCCCUCUGAUCACACGGCCUAUUCCUUCCAGUACAACAAGUAACAGUGGAUGGGCCCAGGCCUGAGAGGACAACAUCUCUGCUCUUGUGCCUGCCGCUACCCCACAACACUGGUGGAGCCUGGGGUUACAAGGCCACCCUUUCUUUGUGCCGCAUCCAAGGAGAUCAGAUAUUAUUUUUCUUUCUUUUGCAAAGAAAACAUUUUUUAAAACCACAACAGACUCUACGUACCCCAAGGAGACCAGCUGGUGACUGGACAUUCAUGUCUCCAUAUGAGAAAAAUUGUUGUGUUGUGUUGGGGUUU